GGUGGCCUGCCUGUCCCUGCUGCUGGAGGGGCCCCAGCUGCCUCAAGGAAGGUGCAGGGUUGGCUGUGGUCUGGCCUGCAGGAGCUUCCUGGAGGAUAGAGGUGGAGAAGAUGGUGAUGGGACUGUAUAGCACCAGGCGAGGACAGACUGUUCGUGGAGACCUGCCUGCAGAGACUACUGGGCAUGAAGAGUGCUCAUGGGAGUGUUUGCCAGCUGAGUCACAGCCAUGCUGGGCUAUUUACUAGCAGAACUAUCUUGACAACCGUGGUGAUUACUGCAUCCACAUGGCUGAUGUCAAUGGAAAUGCCAGACUGUGCGGGGAACGCCAUGCUGGUGCUGCAGAGCAUCAGGAGCGGCUGAAGGAGAACGUGGCCAUGGGGCCAAGGAGAGCAAGGUGGUGUUUCCCAUCUCUGGAGAUACAGAUAUACAAGGCAAGCUAAAGGUUUCAACUGCUAUUCAGUGCCUCUUCAUUUGUCCGGGAGCCGUAACAGUGGUGCCCUUUUUCUUCUGGCUGCUUUUCCCUGCUUCUGGAGCAGCGGUUAUAGGAGAAGCAGAUGGCUACUGAUUGGUAAAGGAGGAACCGGUGAGCGUUUUUCUGUGCGGCAAACCCCUUGUUUUGGCACAGCGUAUCCGCGGAUGCUCUCGUUGAUCGAAUGGGCGUGCGUGUCCGCAGUCCUCUGUCGGGGGGUGCGAGCCCUGCGCCGCCCGGAGAAGGCAUGGAGGACGCCGGCGUCCAGAGGGGAAUAUGGGACGGGGACGCCAAGACGGUGCAGCAGUGCUUGACUGACAUUUUCACCAGCGUUUACACCACCUGCGACAUUCCGGAAAAUGCCAUUUUCGGGCCCUGCGUCCUGAGCCACACGUCCCUGUACGACAGCAUCGCCUUCAUCGCUCUCAAAUCCACCGACAAGCGCACCGUUCCCUACAUAUUCCGGGUGGACACGUCGGCCGCGAACGGCUCGUCCGAAGGUCUGAUGUGGCUGCGGCUGGUGCAGUCGGCGCGGGAGCGCGAGGAGCAGAACCUGGAGGCCUACAUCAAGAGCGGGCAGCUCUUCUACCGCUCCCUGCGCCGCAUCGCCAAGGACGAGGAGCUGCUGGUGUGGUACGGGAAGGAGCUCACGGAGCUGCUGCUGCUCAGCCCGGCCCGGGCCCCCGCCCGCAGCAACGGCUCGCCGCCCUUCGCCUGCCCCGAGUGCAGCCAGCGCUUCCAGUUCGAGCUGCCCUUCGCCGCUCACCUGCGGUUCCGCUGCCCUAAGCGGCUGCACGGCCCGGACAGCGGCCCCGCCCCCGAGCCCGCGGCCGGCAAGGACGGCGCCGGCAAGGAGCAGGAGCCCGGCAAGUUCUGCAAGCCCCUCCACCACCCCUUCCCGGGCGCCGACGGCGGCGCGGCCAGCACCAAGCCCUCCACGGACUUCCACAACCUGGCGCGGGAGCUGGAGAACUCCCGCGGCGGGCAGGGCGGGUCCCCGGGGCGGCCGGUCCCCGCCGAGGAGGCGGUGUCGGGGCGCGGCAAGCGGCGGUUCCCGGAGGAGGAGCGGGGCCGGUUCCCGGCGGAGCGGCCGGGGCUGCCCGCCGCGCCCAAGGAGGAGCCGGUGUGCGCCCCGCAGCAGCAGUACCGGGCGCCCGGCUCCUACUGCGGCUUGGAGGACGGCGGCCGCCUCUUCGCGCCGCCCAGCCCGGAGACGGGCGAAGCCAAGCGCAGCGCCUUCGUGGAGGUGAAGAAGGCGGCCCGCGGCGCCGAGCCCGACGGUGGCCCCGAGGAGGGGCAGGAGCGCGCGUCCCCGGGCGCGGCGGGCGGCGACGCGCCGCGGUGCCCCCGCGGCGGCCCAGGGGCGCCGCUGUCCGCCCGGCUGGAGGGGGGCAGCCCGGCGCGGGGCAGCGCCUUCACUUCGGUGCCGCAGCUGGGAGCCGGCGGCGCGGCGGCGGAGGAGAGGAAGAGCGCCUUCUCGCAGCCCGCCCGCUCCUUCCCGCACGUCCCACCGCUCGUGCUGGGACAGAAGCUGGGGGCGCUGGGCGAGCCCUGUCCCGACGGCGCCCCCGCCGCCCCCGCCCGCCUCUACGCCGCCGAGGCGCUGGCCGUGAAGCUGCCGGGCGGCGGGGAGCCGGCGGCGGCGGCGGGCGGCGGCGGCGGCGGCGGCGGCGGCGGCGGGGGGCUGCCCAAGCAGAGCCCCUUCCUCUACGCCACCGCCUUCUGGCCCAAGAGCUCGGCGGCGGCGGCGGUGGCGGCGGCGGCGGCGGGGCCGCUGCAGCUGCAGCUGCCGUCGGCGCUGACGCUGCUGCCGCCGUCGUUCACCUCGCUGUGCCUGCCGGCUCAGAACUGGUGCGCCAAGUGCAAUGCCUCCUUCCGCAUGACCUCGGACCUGGUCUACCACAUGCGCUCCCACCACAAGAAGGAGUACGCGCUGGAGCCCCUCGUCAAGCGGCGCCGCGAGGAGAAGCUCAAGUGCCCCAUCUGCAACGAGUCCUUCCGCGAGCGGCAUCACCUCUCCCGCCACAUGACCUCGCACAACUAGAGCGGACCCCCGCCCGGGGAUCCCUCCAGCCCCUCUCCGGGGACGCCCCCGCCCAGGGUACCCCACCCCGGGCCCCUCCACGUGACUAGGAGAUAUCCCUUCCUGGGGACGCCGUCCCCUCCCGAGGACUCCCACCCCGGAGACCCCCAAACCCGGGAGCGCCCCCCCCCCCCCCCCCGCUCAGGGGACCCCCACGGGGGCAGCCGCCCGCCCGUCGCUUUCGUUCCUUUCGAUGCACGCAUUUUCACUUUCCGAGGAGGGGUGGGGAGGGCAGCAACGGGGAGAAGAAAAGGGAAAAAAGAAAGAUGGAAGAAGAAGAAGAAGAAAAAAGAAUAAAAGCACCGGGAAAAAAAACAUGAAAAAAAAAAAGGCAAAUGACUUAAAAAAAUACAUUUUUAAAAAUGUCAUAUAUUGCAACAUAUUGAUGCAUUUGUCAUACGUUUCUACUUAAAUUAUUAAGCACUUAUGGUUUAGAUGUAAUAAUAAUUAUAUGUCAGGGUAAAUUUUUAUUUUCGAUAUAAAGCUAAGGGCGAGGAGGAGA